UAAUGGCAGCCGAUACCUACGAAUGCCCUCAUCUUCUUCCCUAGCCCAAUAAGAGAAAUCCACAAACAAAUAAAGAGAAGAAUUAAACCUCAAAUUCUUCAUCAUGGAUUCCAGCCAAGUAGCCGUCAUCAACCCUCUCUUCUGUGUUGCUUACCCCAUUGAUCUCGCCUUCACCACAAAGCCUCCGGGCGAUAAAAAGCGCAGAGGCCUCGCUACCGUCGACGCCGCCGGCAACGUCGUCUUCAGAGCCAAACACUCCUCAUGGAGCGGCCUCACCCAGCUCCGGGAUGCUUCCGGGCAUACCAUACUCACCACGAAAGCAAAGUUUUGGAGCUGGCACGGUAGGUGGCAGGCGUUCGCAGGGGAAAGUACAGAGGCGAAAGAUCUAUUGUUCAGCAUCAAGAGGAGCUCUGCUUGGCAGUUUCAUGAUGAGUGGUUUGUCUUCCUUGCAGCCAACACAAAAGAGGAGAACUGCGAUUUUAAGAUAGUCGGAAGUUACAGCAAGAAGAAUUAUACCAUUUUUAAAGGAGACUCAUCUUUUGUAGUUGCUCAGCUUACUAAGCAGCAUAAACUGAACAUGACUCUGAAGCACGCAUUUGGAGCCUCCAUAAGCGCAAACUGUGACUACUCAUUUGUCGCUGCUCUGAUUACAAUAUUUCAUGAAAUUGAGGCUGCAAGGAAUGCUGCUGCAGGAAAUGCUUCUGCAGCUGCAGGAAAUGCUGCUGCAGCGAAUGCUGCUAUGACGGCAUCCACAGGAGGAGGAUCAGCUGGCUGUUAAGCUUGGAAGCUGAAAUUUGGAUAUUAGAAGUAUUCCUAUUGUAAUUUUACACUUAUUUAUAGAUUUAAAAUGUUGUUCAGCUUUAAAGGAGAAAUUAUUAGCUUCGGACACCGGACAAAGAGAAUCAUCCGGAUUUCUCUUUGUUUACAAUAAAAAUUUAGUCAAAGCAAAGGUAUUGUAAUAGCUACGUUUUGACUGCAUUUUUACUACAAACGGAUAUCCGAACAUAAUAAUUUGCCGCUUUAAAGAUCAGUGUUUAAAAAAGUAGUGUUAUAUUUGUAUAUUGUUAUUGUUAGGAUUUUGUCCAGGCUUAUAUUUGUAUUUUCAAUUGUACUUUCUUUAAGUUCU